UCCAGCAGAGGGCGCCUCCAUAUCUGUUUACGCUGCCGCCUCCUCGGAGCUGGAAGGCCUGGGCGGCUGCUACCUCUACAACGGCCAGAGGAUGCGCUCAUCGGACCUGACCUACGACCCCAAGCUGCAGGCCAAGCUGUGGGCCAAGAGCUGCCAGCUCACGGGACUCCAGGACGACUGACCCCCGUCCCACCGUGUAGACCGGAUCUGACCGCUGCGGGCCAGGUGGUCUGAAGCUCCGCCUCUAAUUACGCACACUGUCCCUUUGAAAUGGGAACCUGUCCCUUUAAAUGGAGUUUUUAACUGCAACCGCUAUUUUAGCGGGAAUUGUGCCUUUAAGACUGAAACUGCCAUUUAAACUGGAAUCCAUCUUUGUAACUUUAUCAACGGCCUUAACACACGAGCAAAACCGCUGCCUUAAUGGGAACCAUCCCUUUAACAUUGGGGCUCAUCCCUUUAAAAGGAACCAUCCCUUUAACAUUGGGGCUCAUCCCUUUAAAAGGAACCGUCCCUUUAACAUUGGGGCUCAUCCCUUUAAAAGGAACCAUCCCUUUAACAUUGGAGCUCAUCCCUUUAAAAGGAACCGCCCCUUUAACAUUGGGGCUCAUCCCUUUAAAAGGAACCGCCCCUUUAACAUUGGAGCUCAUCCCUUUAAAAGGAACCAUCCCUUUAACAUUGGAGCUCAUCCCUUUAAAAGGAACCGCCCCUUUAACAUUGGGGCUCAUCCCUUUAAAAGGAACCGCCCCUUUAACAUUGGAGCUCAUCCCUUUAAAAGGAACCGCCCCUUUAACAUUGGGGCUCAUCCCUUUAAAAGGAACCAUCCCUUUAACAUUGGGGCUCAUCCCUUUAAAAGGAACCAUCCCUUUAACAUUGGAGCUCAUCCCUUUAAAAGGAACCAUCCCUUUAACAUUGGGGCUCAUCCCUUUAAAAGGAACCAUCCCUUUAACAUUGGAGCUCAUCCCUUUAAAAGGAACCGCCCCUUUAACAUUGGGGCUCAUCCCUUUAAAAGGAACCGUCCCUUUAACAUUGGGGCUCAUCCUUUUAAAAGGAACCAUCCCUUUAACAUUGGGGCUCAUCCCUUUAAAAGGAACCAUCCCUUUAACAUUGGGGCUCAUCCCUUUAAAAGGAACCAUCCCUUUAACAUUGGAGCUCAUCCCUUUAAAAGGAACCGCCCCUUUAACAUUGGGGCUCAUCCCUUUAAAAGGAACCGUCCCUUUAACAUUGGGGCUCAUCCCUUUAAAAGGAACCGCCCCUUUAACAUUGGGGCUCAUCCCUUUAAAAGGAACCGCCCCUUUAACAUUGGGGCUUAUCCCUUUAAAAGGAACCGCCCCUUUAACAUUGGGGCUCAUCCCUUUAAAAGGAACCGCCCCUUUAACAUUGGGGCUCAUCCCUUUAAAAGGAACCAUCCCUUUAACAUUGGGGCUCAUCCCUUUAAAAGGAACCGCCCCUUUAACAUUGGGGCUCAUCCCUUUAAAAGGAACCGCCCCUUUAACAUUGGAGCUCAUCCCUUUAAAAGGAACCAUCCCUUUAACAUUGGGGCUCAUCCCUUUAAAAGGAACCAUCCCUUUAACAUUGGGGCUCAUCCCUUUAAAAGGAACCAUCCCUUUAACAUUGGGGCUCAUCCCUUUAAAAGGAACCGUCCCUUUAACAUUGGGGCUCAUCCCUUUAAAAGGAACCAUCCCUUUAACAUUGGAGCUCAUCCCUUUAAAAGGAACCGCCCCUUUAACAUUGGAGCUCAUCCCUUUAAAAGGAACCGCCCCUUUAACAUUGGGGCUCAUCCCUUUAAAAGGAACCAUCCCUUUAACAUUGGGGCUCAUCCCUUUAAAAGGAACCGCCCCUUUAACAUUGGGGCUCAUCCCUUUAAAAGGAACCGCCCCUUUAACAUUGGGGCUCAUCCCUUUAAAAGGAACCAUCCCUUUAACAUUGGAGCUCAUCCCUUUAAAAGGAACCAUCCCUUUAACAUUGGAGCUCAUCCCUUUAAAAGGAACCAUCCCUUUAACAUUGGAGCUCAUCCCUUUAAAAGGAACCAUCCCUUUAACAUUGGGGCUCAUCCCUUUAAAAGGAACCAUCCCUUUAACAUUGGGGCUCAUCCCUUUAAAAGGAACCAUCCCUUUAACAUUGGGGCUCAUCCCUUUAAAAGGAACCGCCCCUUUAACAUUGGGGCUCAUCCCUUUAAAAGGAACCGCCCCUUUAACAUUGGGGCUCAUCCCUUUAAAAGGAACCAUCCCUUUAACAUUGGAGCUCAUCCCUUUAAAAGGAACCGCCCCUUUAACAUUGGAGCUCAUCCCUUUAAAAGGAACCAUCCCUUUAACAUUGGGGCUCAUCCCUUUAAAAGGAACCAUCCCUUUAACAUUGGGGCUCAUCCCUUUAAAAGGAACCAUCCCUUUAACAUUGGGGCUCAUCCCUUUAAAAGGAACCAUCCCUUUAACAUUGGAGCUCAUCCCUUUAAAAGGAACCGCCCCUUUAACAUUGGGGCUCAUCCCUUUAAAAGGAACCGCCCCUUUAACAUUGGGGCUCAUCCCUUUAAAAGGAACCAUCCCUUUAACAUUGGGGCUCAUCCCUUUAAAAGGAACCAUCCCUUUAACAUUGGGGCUCAUCCCUUUAAAAGGAACCAUCCCUUUAACAUUGGGGCUCAUCCCUUUAAAAGGAACCGCCCCUUUAACAUUGGGGCUCAUCCCUUUAAAAGGAACCGCCCCUUUAACAUUGGGGCUCAUCCCUUUAAAAGGAACCAUCCCUUUAACAUUGGGGCUCAUCCCUUUAAAAGGAACCACCCAUUUAACAUUGGGGCUCAUCCCUUUAAAAGGAACCGCCCAUUUAACAUUGGGGCUAAGCCUUUAAAACAGAACCGCCCCUUUAAUUAAAACCACCCCUUUAAAGGGAACCUGUUCCUUUAAAAGGAACCAUCUUUUUAACAUGGGAACCGUCCCUUUAAUGGUACCUGGACUGAAGGGUUAGCACCUUAUCGAAGCCACUCUCCUUUGCUAAUCAACUCGCAGUUUACGAUUAUCUCUACGAAUUAGAUCUUCUGCAGGAGGAAGGAGAUGGUUUCCAGAGAACGUCCGAUUAUCUGAAUGUUCUUUAAAUAAUCUAAAUAUUUUUGAUCGGUUCAUUAAACAAACCAUGUUUAACGAGUUCAGUUUGAUCAGGAUUGAUGGACGAAUAAAGCAGAGUAUCAUCAGCAUGCUGUGGUAAUAAAAAUGUUCCUUUGAUUAGAAAAGUUUCUAAUGGAAUAAAAAGAUUGGUGUUUAAAA